GAAGCUCCUGCAAACUGACAGCUGAGAGUUUUUUUUCUCCCAAAUGGAGAAGCCUCUGUUGCUGGACAAUAGUGGCAUGGCUGCUACGUGGCUGUUUAUCGCACAAUGAAUAAUAGUCUUACUAUGAUGUCAAUUAUAUGCUGAACAAGAACAGGAACGGAUCAGGCGUGUCUAUCGAACAGAACAACUGGAAUCAUGUAUCCCACUUUCAGUUCUGGACAGGCUGAAGACGCCCAGUCGCCCCUAAUAGGACACGCGGCUACAGAAAAUGUAUGGAUGGAUGGAUAAUAGUUUAUUUAUUUGCAUGAACUUUGUGGCAGGUUCGGCCCCUAGUGUAGCCAAGGAUCAUGUUGCUGUGCGCGUUUCCUGCCUUCAUUCUCCUUUCUCGUCUCCAUACCAGUGAAUACGGACAAUAGACUCUGCCCUGCAACCCUGCUGUUAUCCACGGCACUCUCUGAGCGCCCCACCCUGUCUCUUGCACCCGUCAUGCCCCACAAAGUGUGGCGUUCUGACAAGCUGAGCUACCUAUCGAGACGUUCUAUCGAGCCUUUCUGCGCAUGUGCAAUUCCAACGUUUUAGGGUUAGGUUUUGGGGGUUAGGGCUAUCGAUUAGCACUACGGUAGCCUAACUCGACAAAGUAGCUCAACUCGUCAGAACACCGGUCUAUUAGAGUGCACGUGUGAACAGGGUGCCCUAAUGCCAUUAUCUGUCCUGCCCAUACAUCGUCACUUCGGACGCCCUUAUAAAGGGAUGGCACUUUCUGCUAUGCUGUCGACUCGCGGACAUUCCCCUUUAGGUGUGACUUAACCUACUAGAUCGUGGGUCUCGUGGUUUAUUGUUACCCAUGUUAUUUAAGUUAAGCACAUAACUGAAGGGUUACACGGACAGGGGCAGUGCCCCUGUGAUCACAUGCCCCCCCGGCCCCCCUAAAUGCGUAUGCUACUUCUGAAAUAAAGGUAUUAUUAUUAUUAUUAUUAUUAUUAUUUACACGUAUAUACAGUGCUCACAGUUUUAAAUCUUAAGACAUUUGCUUAAUUCGGUAAAAAUAUUGCAAAUGUAUUGCAAAAAUCCUUACUUUAUUUACUUGUGAAAUAUAUAUAAUUGGAAGUUUUAAAGUAAAAAAUUCAUUUUAAGUAGUAAUAAAUUGAAAGUCAAAUUAUAGUUCUGAAAGAGCUGCUCUGAGUAAAAAGUUCAUUGACAAGCAUCACUGGGUGUUUUUUAAUUAGCAACAACUUUGCAAUAACAUGAAACACCAGACAUUUGUGUUCAGCAUCCAUUUGGAAGCCAAUGACCGCAGCUGCAAUUAUAGCAAAAUGAUGCUCUGACCUGCUGGUGGACCUGAAGUCUGACCACACAGACUCUGACUAGUCUCAGGUGUGACGGCUGUGAUAAGCUCCGGCCUCGGAAUUGAAGCCCCCCCCCAGCAGCAGAGAGGGCGAGGACAGAGUGAGGAGUGAGGACAGCGUGAGAAAUGUCCACCCCGCAGGGCAGCCCAGAGCGGCCUGCCUCGCCCUCAUUCCCACACGCCGACUCCUGCCUGUCCGCUGGCAGCCCUGUCCUCAGCCCGGACUCCACUUACCAUGAUGCCGUUCUCUACUCCACUUACCACGAUGCCGCGCUCUCAGCUGCUGCCACCUCACCCUCCGACUCGGAGAACCUCAGCCCAGAGGAGCUGGAGCUGCUGGCCAAGCUGGAGGAGCAGAAUAGGCUGCUGGAGAUGGACUCCAAGUCGCUGCGGGCCGUGAGCGGCUCGCGCCGCAACUCGGGCUCCCUGCUGGUGUCCAGCUGCUCCGCCUCGUCCAGCCUGUCCCAGCUGGGGGAGGACGCCUGGGUGCUGUGGGGGCGCGUCGUCAGCGAGUGGGACGAGUGGCGGCGGAAGAAGGACAAGCUGCUGAAGGAGCUGAUCCGGAAGGGCAUCCCGCACCACUUCCGGGCCAUCGUCUGGCAGCUGCUGGGCAAUGCCACGGACAUGCCGGUGAAGCAGCAGUACUCGGAGCUGCUGAAGAUGUCGUCCCCGUGCGAGAAGCUGAUCCGCCGCGACAUCGCCCGCACCUAUCCGGAGCACGAGUUCUUCAAAGGCCAGGACAGCCUGGGUCAGGAGGUGCUCUUCAACGUCAUGAAGGCCUACUCGCUGGUGGACCGGGAGGUGGGAUACUGUCAAGGCAGCGCCUUCAUCGUGGGACUGCUGCUGAUGCAGAUGCCCGAGGAGGAGGCCUUCUGCGUGUUCGUGCGGCUGAUGCAGGAGUACCGGCUGAGGGAGCUCUUCAAGCCCAGCAUGGCCGAGCUGGGUCUCUGCAUCUACCAGUUUGAGUACUUGCUGCAGGAGCAGCUGCCGGAGCUGAACAUGCACUUCCGUUCCCAGAGCUUCCACACCUCCAUGUACGCCUCCUCCUGGUUCCUCACACUCUUCCUCACCUUCCUGCCGUUGCCGGUAGCCACACGCAUCUUCGACAUCUUCAUGUAUGAGGGGCUGGAGAUCAUAUUCCGGGUGGGCGUGGCCAUUCUUCAAUACAACCAGAUGGACCUCAUCCAGCUGGACAUGGAGGGAAUGUCCCAGCACUUCCAGAAGGUGAUUCCACACCAGUUUGACAGCUGCCCGGACAAGCUAGUGCUGAAGGCCUACCAGGUCAAAUACAACGCCAAGAAGAUGAAGAAGUUGGAAAAGGAAUACACCACCAUUAAGAACAAGGAAAUGGAGGAACAGAUCGAGAUUAAGAGAUUGAGAACGGAAAACAGGCUCCUCAAGCAGAGGAUAGAAACCCUGGAGAAGGAAAGUGCCUCUUUGGCAGACAGGCUGAUCCAGGGCCAGGUGACGAGGGCCCAAGAGGCUGAGGAGAAUUAUGCCAUCAAGCGGGAGCUGGCAGCGGCACGGCAGCAGCGCAGCUCGGCGAGCGAAAGCCUGGAGAAGGCGCAGAGUACCAUCCGAGAGCUGCAACAGCACCAGAUUACGGAGGAGUUUGUCAGCGGCCUGCAGGCCCAGCUGGAGCAGUCGCGUCGGCGGGAGGCCGAGCUGCUGGCCGCCCUGAAGGACAUGCAGGACAAAGUGCUGAACCUGGAGAAGAGGAGCGGCUCCCUGCCAGACGAGAGGAACGUCACUCAGCUGCAGGAGGAGCUGGAGUUGGCCAAGCUGCAGGAACUGGAGACGCUGCGCUGCUUCCAGGAUGUGCAGGACAUCGUGGCCAAGCUCAACCAGCACUGGCAGCAUUACAUGGCCCGGGGGAGCGGGGCUGGUCACUGGAAAGAGUCGCCCAAGAAGAACGCUGUCAAUGAGCUGAAGGAUCAGCUGGUGGGGACAAAUCAGCGAGAGGCCCAGGCCAAGGCUGAGCUCUGUGAGCUCAGGCAGAUUGCCCUGCAGCUAGAGAAACAGAACCAGAUUCAGAGUAACCUGGCGAACCGGCAGGCACAGGAAGGGACGGCGCUGCAGAAGACGGUGCGGGAGCUGACGGCGGAGAAGGAGAGCCUGCAGGAGCAGCUCAGGGAGAUGAGAAGGAGGCAGGCCGAGUCCGAAUAUAAGGGGAAGGAGGAGCUUAUGGAGGUGCGUCUGCGGGAGGCGGAGAGCAUGACCCUGGUGGCUGAACUGCAGCAGAGGAUCUCAGAGCUGGAGAUCCAGGAGGAGGAGGGCCGAAUCCAGGACCAGCUGAUCCACUCAGACUCCAUCGAGAGUGUCACUGAGCUUCAUGAGCAGAUUGCAGAGCUGAAGGAUGAGAUCAGGCAGCUGCGUGGACAGCCGCCCAGGUGUCAGGCCCCAGGAAAUGGGAUGCUGCAGAACCUCUGUCUCACCAGUCGGGCCUCUGGUGAGUGUGACUCUCUCGGCUCUGCAGAAGCUCCGCCAUCCGGCACUGGCCCGGCCCCAAUGCUCUAUGACUCUUUGGCGGUGAGCCACCGGUCCUCCCUGCGCCUGGACAGCGAGGGGAGCAGUGACGGAGAGGAGGGGUGUAUUUCUGUGAACGACCAGCCCCCAGCACCCCCGUAUGCUGGAAUGGUGUGCUCUGAGGCCCUGGAUCACUGAAGUGUCGUCUGGAGUGCUGCGGCGUCUUCACGUUCCUUCAUAAUGAAACCCCCCCCCCCACUUGGCCACUGUCUAACGACUCCGGAGCAGGAGGCUCCAGCAAGGCUUGGCUGUCAGAGGUGGAAAGUUCAGGUCCAGAAAGUACAAAUCCAGACCAGGAUUUCGUUCCAACAAACUGAUUGCAUACUCUGUGACUUUGACUCUUUUUGGUUAGUCUUGUUCUUCCUGGACUAGAAGUUUCCACCUGGCUGAAGAUGGAGAUGAAGCACAGAAAGAGCACAGGGUUCUGGGGGGGGGGCUGCUAGGACACCCCAGCGCUGCCUUGUGCUCAGUGUUCUUCUAUGAUCCAGCGUCCCACUGAACGGGACCCCCCCCCCACCACUACUGCCCACCCCCCUCCACGUCAAAUGGACUGUAGCGUCUACUGUGGACACUCCUGCCAUGUGGAGAGAUGAUGAAAAGCACGACCUCAUGCCUAAACGUGCAAAUAAAUAUAUUUAUUUAUCUGUGGGGAUUGUAUACUGUAUUGCUAUGGAUUGCAGAUAUACAUACAUUACAAGCACCUCUAUAUUCUUAUUUAAUUGUAUCCGUUUUUUGUGUCAAUGGACAGAAGAUAACCACCUGUAAUAUAAUCAGUAAAAGACGUUGCCAAAUCUCUUA